CGGAGCCAGGAGGCGGUGUACAUAAGGCCGGGCGCCCGGUUACCCCCCUCACUCGCACGUUAGGAGGCUCUGGUCGUUUCGCACCGUCGUCUUCCUGCCUGCGUCAGGGACCUGCCCUACUCAGUGGCCACCAUGGCAUCAGAUGAAGGCAAGCUUUUCGUUGGAGGGUUGAGUUUUGACACCAAUGAGCAGUCGCUGGAGCAGGUCUUCUCAAAAUAUGGACAGAUUUCUGAAGUGGUGGUCGUGAAAGACAGGGAGACCCAGCGGUCACGGGGCUUUGGGUUUGUCACCUUUGAGAACAUCGACGAUGCCAAAGAUGCAAUGAUGGCCAUGAAUGGGAAGUCUGUGGACGGGCGACAGAUUCGAGUUGACCAGGCUGGCAAGUCAUCUGAUAACCGAUCCCGUGGGUACCGAGGUGGCUCUGCUGGGGGCCGGGGCUUCUUCCGUGGGGGCCGAGGCCGGGGCCGUGGUUUCUCCAGAGGAGGAGGGGACCGAGGCUAUGGGGGGAGCCGGUUCGAGUCCAGAAGUGGGGGCUAUGGGGGCUCCAGAGACUACUACAGCAGCCGGAGUCAGGGUGGUGGCUAUGGUGACCGGAGCUCUGGAGGGUCCUAUAGAGACAGCUACGACAGUUAUGCUACACACAACGAGUAAAAAUCCUUCCUGCUCAAGAUCGUCCUUCCAAUGGCUGUAUAUUUAAAGAUUUUGGGAGCUUCGCUGAAUCGUUAAUGUGUAGUGAACACACCUCCUUGUACCCACUUUUGUAGUCUAAUCAGUUCUGAUCUUGUCAAACACAGCUUGACUGCUUCUGACCCCCGAGAUGGCUUCAAUACUAGACUUUACUUUUUAAGGAAAUACUGUCCGUUUUUAAGGGUUUUAAAAACGUUUUUGAAAAGCACUUCAGAUUUUACUUUUUUCUUUUUACCAUGAGCCAUGAGUUUUUUAGAAAAUCAUCGGGGGUUGUGUGGGUUUUUUUGUUUUUGGUUGUGUUGUCUUUUUUACUUCCCUUUUUAGUGGGGUUGGCCUGGUGAAGUUGGGUCCUCCGAUUCAAACCUCUUUGAGAUUGGACGGACUCUGAGUCUGCUCUCUGUUGGAAGCUGAGGGAGCUGUGGCUUUUUUCCAACUGAAUGUACCGUUUCUGAGUGUAGCAUGGUAGGACCUGUCCCAGGUCCCAGGUGGCAGCAGAGGUGCCUUGCCACUUGGGCCCGGCCUGUACGGCCCAUCUGCUGUGUAUGACUUACAGUAGACUUGGAGAUGUCCCCAAGAGGUUCUUGAAAAUGUUUAUUUAUAUUGUCCUUUUUUACUGGAAGACGUAUGCAUAUCCCAUUGAUGUUGUAUUUGAAGUGGUUAAGGAAUUCUUGUACACAGUUUUUUUUUUGGCUUUACGAAGCAGAUUAAAAAACCAUCUGAAAUGAACCUCGCUCUGACAAUUUCCCUUUCAUUGCUCAACACACUCCUGCUGCGAGCUCUUGGCACUCAGAACUCAGCAGAGAGGGCAAUUUGAGAAGCAGGUCUGCGAGUCCUGCCUGAGGCCCAUGGAGAGCUAGACCAGGAAGGCAGAGUAAACUGACACUGGCGGGCCCCUGGUGACAGCCGACUGCCACCAGUCCUGGUUAGGUGAGCAGGUGGCUGACGGGAAUGGGUAGGUUGGACGUCGAGGCAGCCCCUGGGAGGCUUCUGGCAGUGGCAGCCGGAGGGCUCAAUGGGGCGGGCAGUGCAGCAAUGACUGGACCCACGUGGGCACCUGACGUUGACCCGACUGCCUUAGCCUAGAAGCAGGCCAGAGAGCAGACGGCAGGCAGUGUCCCUGGGCGACCGCAGACUGACUGCUCUUUAGCUAGCUCUGCUGUUGCUUCACAAGUUCUGAGAGUUCUCCGCUAGCCUAUGGAAGCUGCAGCCCCUCGGAGGACAGAAGUGUUGUGCGCCCAACAGAAACCUCUGAGACGCAAGCUGCUCCCUUGGCUAGCUCAUAUGUGGAAAUAGCCCUGUAAUUCGAGGUAACUCCUUUUGCUCGUGUCCACAUCCCUCCUCUUGUCAAGAGCUCAUUUGAAAGUAAAAUUAUGUGCCUGGGGAAUGUUUUUAUGACUGUUUUUUUUGUUGUUUUCCCAUUUUCUUUCUUUUUUUUAAAAAAAAGUCAAGCUAGAAUUAAAGUCAGACCCCGGCUGUUUAGCCCUUCCCUGCCUGCAGCCAGGCGAGCAGCCCAGGAAGUUUCACCUCACGAGUAGGUUCAAUCUGUAAGCAGGAUUAGAGAGCACUGAACAUCCUGCCUUCGGAUUUUUUGUUCAUCAGUUGACAGUCUUUUCCAGACCUCCUUAACUCAUAUUCCUAACUAUAGCUCUCUGAUGUCUGUUGCCUCCAUGAGUUUUUUUCCUAGAGCCCACACCAUUCUCUAAGCAGCUCCAUCCCAAGUGGGUAGCUGGCUCUGCUUAGGGAUGGAAUGCUGCCUGGCCAAGGCUUAGGCUUGCCCUGGUCACACCAGCCCGUGACAGGGCCUCUGCCAGGAUGGCCCAAUGACUAGCUUAAGACCCUCCUAGGAGCUGUGGAUGGUUUAGGGGGAGGUGGGAAGCAGCUAUGAGAAUGUCCAAAACCCUAGGGGUAACACUCCUUUGCUUUGGCAGGUUGAAGGGAAGCCAGUGCAACUUGGAAGGGUGGCCCAAGAACAGUGAUGACCUGGGGUCCUGUCCCAUGAGGGACUUCACCUCGGAGCAGGAACCAGAUGCCCAGCCCCCUGCUCUCUCAGCUUGUCAUCUCAGGUGUUUUAUUGGCAAGGUUGGAGUGCAGGGUUUCAAGUCACUCAGGAGGACCGGUGUGUGGCAGCCUGCACGUGGCCAGUCCUCACCUGCAACAGUGUGACAGAAUGUGGAAGUCAGAUUUGAAUAAAGGACUGGUGUGUCUACCUAGAAA